AUUGUCAUCAAACUUUAUCACAAAUCCACAUUUAUACAUCUAUAAUUAUGAGUUGGACAAUUAGUUAAUUUGAUACAAUACCAAAGCAAGAAUAAUCGAAAAACAACUAUACCACCGCAUACUAAUAAGUAAGACAUAACAGAUAACCAAAUUCUUGAAUCUUAAAACAAAUUUCAACUAAAAGAAAUCUCGACGAUGGCGACCCCAAAGGCGAUUUAGGUUUCUACGGUCUCGAUGUUUUUCUUACAGAUGGGAUCCGGGAAUUGUUGGCGAGGUUGGGCAAGGAAUUGAAUUUCAUCAUGGAAAGAAUAAGGGAAUCUUGAGGUGGGGAUCUUUAUCAAAUCUUCGGGGUUCUGAUGUGGGUCUGGGCGAAUGGAUUCAAGGGAUAUUAAGGAAAUUAGGGAUAUGUGCGAGCUGGAUCUGGAUAUUACUAAUCAACACGAUGGAAUCGUAUGAUUAUACAGGUGAUUUGCGUUUCAAUCAAGGGAUUACGGUUGCGAUAUUUGGUAUUAAUGGGGGAAAAUAUGGGCGUGGGGAGACGGAAAACUGGAUUAAGUAUAAAAAGUCUUGGGGGUCUCCUCUUUGUUCCAUCACAUUGCUUAGUUCUUUCGCAAUUUGCUAUAACAAAAACCAAAUCUUUUCUUUUUUCUGGAUUAUCAUGACGCAGGGUCAGUUGCUGGGUAACAGUGGGGAUGUGAGGGAUGGAGAAGGCACGCGGAAAAGGAUGAAGAUUUCAGUGCCGCACUUUGACAACUCGGCUCUCAUCAAAACCUAUUCCAAAACCUUGAUUGGCAGAUGCAUGAAUCCUCCAGAACAGGAAAUGAAGGCGUUGAUACAGAAUGUUCCAAAGAUAUGGAAACUGGAGGAUCGAGUGGUGGGGACAGAUUUGGGUUUUGGCAAAUUUCAGUUCGAUUUUGAGACAGAGGAAGAAAUUGAAACGGUGUUGAAACUGCAACCCUAUCACUUCGACUACUGGAUGCUUGCUCUGGCACGCUGGCAACCGAAGAAGACACAGCUCUUCCCAUCAGAAAUAACCUUUUGGGUCCGCGUUCUUGGCGUGCCGAUGGAGUUUAAGACGGCCCCUACCUUUGAAAGUAUUGGAGAUGCGCUUGGACGAACGGUCUCUGUGGACUUGGAUAAUUCUAGAGUCCAAGUGGUGGUGGAUGCUUUCCAACAAUUAUGUUUCGAGACCACAGUGGAUUUUAAAGGUGGAGAGUUUUAUGAGGGUGAGGAAGUUGCGAUAUCCUUGAGGUAUGAGAAGCUCUUUGGAUUCUGUCCAAUUUGUUCAAGCCUGUGCCAUAAGGAGGAGAAGUGCCCCCUUGCUAAGCCGGAGGUGAAGACGAGUCCUGCGAGAAAGAGGGAGACGGGUGAGGGCAAUGGUGGAUGGUUUGAAGUCGGGAAGCAUGAUGAUAGAGCUAGGAGUUACAAAGGAGUGGUUAUUAAUGGAAAUCAGAGCCAUCAGCAUAGAGAGAGAGAUCACAGGGAUUACUAUGGAAAAGGAAAAGGCAAGGUUGUCGAAGAGAAUGAUUCUAAAUGGGUGAAGGUGGCCGAGAAAGGGAAUAAAGGAGCAUUUCACAAUCGUGGAAACUAUAGAGGAGAUGGUGAUGGUUCUCGCCAGAGGAUUUCACGAAGAGAAGAACCAAGGAUGACUGGUCAAGAUGGACGCUUGAAGGCUACUGUAGGACACACAGGAGAUCAACGGUCUCAGCGUGGCUCACGUGUAGAGGCACAGGAGGAGGGUGAGAUAACGAAUGCUGAGGGGACUGAUAAGCAUUUACCUUCCCAAAAUUUUCAAGAGGAAUUGGCUCGAACUCAAGCGACAGGAACGGAGGUUGUUUCGGACCCUAUGGAUGCGGAGAAUGGGCUCCAAAUGGUUCAGAGUUUGGUAGAAAACACUACUGCUCUGGAAGAGGACAGGGUAAUGGAUAUGGAUGAGAUAAAAGCGGUUUUUCUUGAGCAUGGUAUCGACAUGGAUGCAGCAGAUGAUCUUCAGGAUGGUUCUGAUGGGGAAUUUGAGAAAGCAGUAUUGGAGUUAGAACAAGAGAAUGGUGAAAAUGUUCAUGCAGAGGAAGAAUUGGCCACUGGUGAAGAGGAGAAACUGAUGGAGGAUGGAGAACUUGCGAAGAGACAAGGGACUCGUAAGAGGCUGUUCAAGACAACGAUAGGCACAGCAGCAAGCACUAAGUUGCGGAGUGCAAGUGCGAUGGUGUCUCCACGCAAACGAGGUGCAAGCAAACCAGGAACACGCCAUGGAGAAAUGGGUAAGCAAAUGGAGAUUAAGGGUACCUCAAACCCUAAGACGGGACCUCAGAAACCGUGAUUUUUAUGGAUCAAAUCUUCGAGUUGGAUUCGAGCAAGCAGGGCUUGACUUUUGUUUUUGGUUUUUACGUUUUCAUAUUCAGUUCUUUGAGUUUUUCGGUUUCAGUGUUGUUUGGAAAUAAGGGCAUUGCGGUUGUAGUGUGUUCCUUAUCCUUAUGGUUUUUAGUUACGGUUAAUCAAUGGAAUAAUAUUUCUGUUAUGUUUCGAUGGCAA